GGGACAUCACAGACAAUUGGUGACCUAAAUUAAUUAUUUUAGGCAAGACCAAAACUUCUCUAGUCUGUAUGUUUUCACAAUCGCAUGGAAUGGUAUCAUUUUAAACUCAACCAUCACGCAGGCCGUCUGUUGGAGUGAUGAGAGGUGGCGCAGCCAUAAAGUUGGUGCGCUGCUUUAGAAAAUUAUAAAUGCAUUAUUUUCUGCUGCAAAAUAGUGAAUGAGUGGUGACAUGGACAACAACCGUGCAGAUGUCAUUAGCAGUGGGACACUACCAGCCCCAGGAUACGCCGACCUGUUAAUACGAGGAUACAACGUGGUACGUGGUGCUGUGAGGGACUGCACCAACUGUGGUCUUGAACUCUCCAAGAGCACUUUCCAUACCAAUGCUUACCUUACCUGGAGGGAGGUGGGCAUUGUCUGUUUAUGUGCGGUAUUAUGGACGAUUUCAAGACGUAAACUUGCCACAUGUCUUUUACAGCCAGUUGCCCAGUGGUGUCACCUCAAACCCAAAGAUGCUGUCAAGAUGCCAGAGAGCGCUUGGAAGUUCCUCUUCUACUCGGCCUCCUGGUCAUACAGUGCCUAUUUGCUCUUCCUCACCGAAUACACUUUCUUUCAGGACCCCAGUUCUGUAUUUCAGGACUGGACAAGUGGAAUGCCCAUCCCCAUUGACAUCACCAUUGCCUACCUGAUCCAGGGCAGCUUCUAUGGACAUUCCAUAUAUGCUUCAUUUUACAUGGACGUGUGGAGGAGAGACUCUGUUGUCAUGGUGAUUCACCAUGUGGUCACCCUGGUGCUGAUCACAUUCUCCUAUGCUUUCAGGUACCAUAAAAUAGGAGUGCUGGUUCUCUUCCUUCACGACAUCAACGAUAUUCAGCUUGAGUUCACAAAACUCAAUGUGUACUUAAGGAACAGUGGCUGGGUCUACAAGUCCAUCAAUGAAAUCAUCUCCACUGUGGGUUGCAUCAGCUUCAGCUUCACCUGGUUUUGGUUUCGCCUUUACUGGUUUCCUCUCAAAGUGCUGUACGCCACCUGUAUAGCCAGUCUCGAGUCUGUCCCUAACAUCCCUUUUUAUUUUUUCUUCAACUCCCUCCUCUUCACACUCCUUCUUAUGAAUCUCUAUUGGUUUCUGUACAUUAUGCUGUUCAUGGUGAAGGUGUUGACUGGACAGAUGAAGGAGAUGAAGGACGUGCGAGAGUAUGAGGAGGAGGAGCACGAGAAGGCCAGACUGCUUAACAUGGCAGAGUAUGACACAGACCAUCCUGACCUCAGAGACCAAGAAGGACAUGAGAAGAAUGGUAUUCCUAAGGAAAAGAGUCUUUGAAGGCCACACUAGGACAGACGCCCUGUCCAUUUUGUAUCUACAGCCAGGUGAUGCCAUCUUCUCUAAUCAAGGAGCCAUAAUAACAAAGAUUCCAUGGACAGCACUAAGACAUCUCAGGCAAAACAUUGCUCUGGAUGGGUCUCUCUGCGCAUGGGAUUUUAAAAUUGAUUUGAAUUAAACAUGUAAUAUCUUUAAUCUAUUAUUUCAUCUGUAUGUCUGACCCCGCAGAAUAGAAAAUGUAAUGCCUUUUGAUGAACACAGACGAAUAUGAAGCUGAGCUGAUUUUUAAACACUAAUAAUUGCCCUUUAGAAAAAUCUAGAUUAUGGCAUUGUGCCUAAAGGAAUGCCUGAUUGCUACUGAAAAGCAUGUCUGUUAUAUGGUUAAGUGAAUGUAGUAAUAUUAAUAAACCUGUUGGAUCUCACUUUUUUAUAAUAAAUAUCACCAAUAACUGUGACGUGUCUGACGUGAUUGGACAUCUUUAAAAUCACUAUUACCAAUGCAGCAAUUUAGUCUCAAAUAUUAUCAUUUAUUCGACUAUUAU